CCAAGGAAGCACCUCGGCAGAAGCCAAGACUGCUACCUUUGUUUCUGCCACCCACCCAGGUGACAUGGAUUUGGUGUAAAUAUUUAAUUUGUCUUCCAUCUGCUGAUCUGUCGACCACCAAAGUCUUUCAAAUGGUAUCGAAACUGCGAAGAUUCUCUGCCAGGCAUGGAACCACCGUGCUGAUAUGUGGCAUUGUGGUCACCUUCUGUUUGGUGCUUUGCCUGUCUCUCUGUUCAUGGACCUGCGACAAUGCUGUCGGCAAUCAGCUGCGACAGGACAUACGCUACCUUCAGAGUAGAACUUACUGGAAAAAUGUCAAUUCCGUGACCCAGCAGACCCUGUCUUGCUUCCUCAUCGUUCUCGUCAUGUCGGGCCCAAAAGACCGAAGGUACCGCAACCUCAUUCGAGAGACGUGGCUCAAAAAUGUUCCUGAUGAUAUUCUUGCUCGCUUUGUAAUCGGAACGGGAAACUUGACCAACGAAACAAGGGACAACCUUCUCAAGGAGAACCUGCUGAAACAAGACCUGAUCCUUUUACCGGAGGUCGUCGACGCUUAUAAGAAUCUGACAUUGAAGGUGCUGGAUAGUUUCACAUGGAUCGACAACAAUAUCGACUACAAAUAUGUGAUCAAAACUGACCAAGACACUUACGUAAGACUGGACGUCAUAGAGAAAGAACUAAGAUCUUCAGGGAAGAGACGUUUGUAUUGGGGUUUCUUUGAUGGAAGAGCCCAUGUAAAGAAGCAAGGCAAGUGGCAGGAGAAGGAGUUUGUUCUUUGUGAUCGUUAUUUACCAUAUGCAGUCGGCGGUGGGUACGUGCUGUCAUCAGAUCUCAUCCAUUUCAUUGCUACCAACAGAAAUCUACUGCAGCUCUUCCGUAGCGAAGACGUUUCGGUCGGCGUGUGGUUGGCACCGUUGUCUAUAAACCGCGUCCACGAUCCUCGAUUCGAUACCGAGUUCAUAUCACGUGGCUGCAAUAAUAUUUAUCUAAUUACCCACAAACAGUCCAUGCAGGAUAUCCAAGACAAGCACGAUCAUCUUCUAAAAACAGGACAUUUGUGUCGACGACAGAUUAAAAAGAGGCCAUCGUACAUCUACAAUUGGGAUGUCCUUCCGACCCAGUGCUGUGAACGCAAAAACCAUUCUAUUCCUUAAAUUCGUCUUCUGUUGAGUCAUCAUUAUUUUCAUUUAAACAUCCAGUCGAAUAUUUGCUGAUUUCUCUACAUCAACUCUUCAUGCUUUCUAAACUCUAUUUCCACAAAUAUCUGCGAAGGUGUCUCUGUUUUUUUUUUUAAUUGUAUUUAUUUUUUUAAUCUAAAAAACAAAAACAAAAAAACAAACAAACAAAAAAAAAA